GGUUGAAUGUCAAAACAGUGCUCGGGAUAAAUGUGUUUCGAUGCAAAUGUUGUUGUUCGAAAGUUCUGAUGCAACCACGAAUUUAGCAGCAUCAAUUAACGUUGUUUAGUCUAAAUCCGUUUCAAACGUGUUGUCGGAAAAAUGAACGUAAAUAAAUUAGUGAAGCAACGGCUACUGUGCCAACAGCAUUACAUCUCAAUGCGAUCUGUGUCCGGAUGGUUUGACAAAGAGAAACGCAAGUUUUUUCAACUGAACACUAAAGAAGAGCCGCGAUUUUUCUCCGAAACCGAACCAAAUCCACUGUCCGAUCUCGAACAACGCAUCGAAAAAUCGAAACAAAAGCUGCAAUGGCGUAAACCAUUUCCAGAAAGAACGAGCAUUAUAACGGAAGGCUUACGACUUUUGGCACCGGAACGUACACGACAUUUUUUCGAAGUUAUUCAACGGCCAUUGGAUAAAAGUUCCAUUUUGCGAACGCUUGAAUUCAAAAAAUACGAAAUGAUGGCACAGGAUCAACGAUUUCUUAACGAUCGUCAUCGAAUCUUGGGCAAUGAUUUGGCCGCGGCACAUUUUCUUGUCGCUCGUGGCGGUCAAGUCAGAUUCACCCGAUCGAAUAAAUGGAUAAUAAAGAAUAAGUACGAUGAGUAUGAUUUGCCGCGUCAAUAUGAUCCAGAGUACCUGAUCGAUGCCAUCAAAUGUGACAACAUGGAUUUGAUGUACGAAGGAUUGGAGAACGUUCGACGGUUACAUCAUUUGAAAUAUUUUUCGUUGCGAAAUGUCAAGUAUUUCGAUGAUUGGUGCAUGGAUCGAUUGUGUGGCAAUCAAUUCGAUAAAAUUGAAAUUCUCGAUGUGUCUGGCACUAGCAUAACAGCAAAUGCACUAUACGCUGUACCAAAGUUGCGUUCAUUAAAGGCCAUUGUAUUGGACACGGUGAAUCGAUCGAUUGAAUUCCAAUUGGCCUGUUCACUGCUCGAAGAAGUCAUGCCAAAUCUUCGCAUACUCAGUUCGGCUGAUGUACACGACGACGUCCAUGAAGCGCUACAAAUUUCGCAAAAAUCUAACGAAACAGCAACAGAAGUGGAGAAAAAAUAAAAGAAUAAACAAUUGUUUUAUUUAAUGCUAAAUUUUAACGAAAAA